UUGACCCUCCGCCGCUUUCAUCCUGGCGUGGGUGGGAGAAGGGCCUGGGGAAAUGGUCCUAGACAGGGCUGGGGGUCUUAGCAUGGCUCCAGCAGGGAAUCCCCCAUUACAUACACACACAGGUGCUUUCCCCGUUCCAGCUGCCAUCCGGCAGGCACUAACCCCAACAAAGGCUCGGGACGGGGAGAGGGGGGAUCAGGCAGCCCCUGCCUUCCCCCAGAGCUUAAAGUCUCUCCCAGGCCAGCUGGGCCAGACGGUGAGGAGCAGCCAGAGGGGACGCAGCCAGUCCAGCGCGACCCAGUAGGGAGCCCGGGAUGAACAGCUCGGUGCCGGGGCUGCUGCCAGCGGGGCGCCCUGGCGAGUGCGUGCCCAGCGACCCAGUACAGUUCGUGCUGGUUCCCGCCGUCUACUGCCUGGUGCUGUGUGUGGGGCUGCCAGGCAACCUGGUGGCCUUGCUGGUCUUCCUGCAGAGCGGCAAGGUGAAGAAGGCCAUCCGCAUCUACCUCAUCAACCUCACGCUGGCCGACAUCCUCUUCAACCUCACCCUGCCCCUCUGGAUCCCCUACUACCUGGCCGGGGGGGACUGGCUGCUCUCGGAGGCCGCCUGCCGCCUGGCCGGGGCCGCCUACUACCUGGCGACCUACAGCGCCGUCACCUUCAUGGCACUCAUCAGCUUCAACCGGUACUGCGCGGUGCGGGCGGCGCGGCGGGAGCUGCCGCUGACGGGGCGCCGGGGGGCCGCGCUGGCCUGCGCCCUGGCCUGGCUGCUGGGGCUGGGCUGCGCCGUGCCCACCUUGGCCGCCCGGCAGACCUUCCCCGCCCGCGCCGGGGCCACCGCCUGCUUCGAGCAGCACAGCCGGCAGCGGGCGUACGCCUACGCCAUGGUGGGCUUCUUCGCCGCCGCCUUCCUGGUGGUGCUGGGCACCUACGCCUCCAUCGCCCGGGCGCUCUCGGUGCCUGCCGCCGCCUCACCAGGCUCCCACCGGCAGCAGGCGCGCACCAUGGUGCUGGGGAUGCUGCUGGUCUUUGUGGUCUGCGUGGCCCCCUACCACCUCACGCUGGCCCCCUGGGUGGACAGCCAGCCCCCUGUGCCGCUUUGCGGGCCCCCCGCCACCCUGGACGUGCUGCACAUGCUGAGCGUGGCCCUGCUCAGCCUCAACAGCUGCCUCGACCCCCUCAUCUACUGCUUCUCCAUCCGGCGCUUCCGCGCCGACCUGGGACGGACCCUGCGCAAGAUCGGCCGGUGCCUCCCACUCUCCCCACCGGCCCCCACUGGGCCCGGGCCCAGCGCCCGGGCAUCCUCCUUUGCCUCCUCAUAGCAGGGUGGGCACUGGGAUCCUGCCCCCCGGCUGCCCUGGUGUCACAGUCCUGGUGGGAGGGUGUCCCUGGUGCCAGGCAAGGGAUGGGGAGCAGUGCGGGGGCAGCUCUGGCUUCAUGCAACCCCCUCCUCCUUCCACCCCUGCUCUGCUCUCUGCACGUCCCCACGCACUCGCGGGCCCACGGUUUCCAUUCACACACAGAUCCUGCCCUCCGCAUUCGCAGGCACUGGG